UGUCACUCCUCUAGAGGGCACUUUCUUCGAAAACGCGCGACUGCCGCCGUGAUGCAGUUCCGACGAAGGUUUGCUUUCGGUUCUUGUUAACCGUCAUAAGGCUGUUAUCGUCGCAAGUACGAGGAUUACUGCGAUAUUGUAGAAAUAAUAUCAACGGAGUACAGUAACUCAGAAACACCAUACGAGCGGUGAACGCGGUAAGUGAGGACCGUCAUGACCUAUACCAUGGCUGAAAUACGCUGGCGACUGUGACGUUGUAGUGCGAGUGACGUCAUGGGAAUAAACCUGGUUCGAUCAACUCAAGUGAGGUACAGCUACCCUUUAAUGGCAGUCUGUUCUCAUCAGUUCCGUACGUCCACAUUUAUGACACGUAACUAUAAUUCACGCGCAAUAAUCGAAAUGAGAAUAGAAUGCAGAAGCAUUGCGAAGUGAACGAGACCAGCCUUCGUGCGGUUCCUUCACUUAUAGGUGGACCUCGAGGUGUGGGGAAAGGAAGAAAGACGCGAUCCUGAACCCUCUCUCUCCCUCUGUAGGACGAAACUUGUCCCGCAUUGUCAGUAAGGCACAGUCCCUGUUCCCCGCGGCAGGCAUAAAGCGCGUCCCCUCUUUCGACGAGUUUGGAUGGAAGUCUCUCCCUCUCUCCCCUUCUACGCCUCUGGUGGACCCUCCAAGUGGCUAUAGGGCUAGUAACGUUGGGGAGAGAGGCGGAGAGGUGGACGAGGACUGGAAUCCACUGAGAAGAAAGAACAGCGAGGAGCAUUUCUGGUGCCCUUCUUCAUCAGCAUAGUACUGUGUGGCAUUCCGCUGUUCGUGAUGGAAGUGUCUAUCGGGCAAUAUCUCAACACCGGCGGCAUCGGCAUCUGGAAUCUUGUACCCAUGUUCAAAGGCGUGGGAUUCGCCUCAAUGACGAUGAUCGGCCUAAGUAACAUCUACUACAUCGUGCUGAUAGCCUACACCCUGUUCUACCUGGUGGCAUCCUUCCACAGUCCCUUACCGUGGGAGCAAUGCGGCAACGACUGGAACACUGAUAAGUGCUUGGGGAUCAGGGAGAACUUGUCCUCACUGGCGGCCCGGAACAUGUCUGCCGACGACGCCGUCUCUUCCGUUAAGGAGUACUGGGAGCACAACGUUCUCGAUAUCACCAAUGGUUUGGAGGAGAUGGGAUCCCUUCGUCCCGAGUUGGCACUUUAUCUGCUGCUCGCCUGGUUUCUCGUCUAUAUCGUCAUUUGGAGGGGACUUCAUCAAAGUGGAAAGAUCAUUUGGUGCACAGCUCUCUUCCCCUACGUGGUCCUGCUGAUCCUGUUUGUCCGCGGUGUUACCUUGGAAGGGGCAUCUGAAGGCCUUCUCUAUUACCUUCGUCCGGACUGGAGCAAGCUCAACGAUCCCAGGGUUUGGAUCGCGGCUGGAACCCAGGUGUUGUUUUCCUACGGAAUCGGUAUUGGUGCCAACGUCGCCCUUGGCAGCUACAACAAGUACAACCACAACUUCUACAAGGAUUCUCUCAUCGUGUGUGCUAUCUGCAGCGGCACCAGUCUCUUUGCCGGUUUCGUUAUUUUCUCCGUCCUUGGUCACAUGGCACAUAUUCAGAACAAGGAUGUUUCUGAGGUAGCCAGAUCAGGUCCAGGCUUGGCGUUCCUGGCCUACCCGGAAGUGGUGGUACAGCUUCCGUUCGCCCCUGUCUGGGCAGUGCUGUUCUUCCUCAUGCUUUUAGUAUUGGGUAUCGACAGCCAGUUCUGCACGGUCGAAGCACUAGUCACAGGUCUCGUCGAUGAGUUCGCUUCCGUCCUGCGUCCUUACCGGCGUCUCUUCACUCUGGGCAUUGUCAUGGUCCAAUUUCUACUUGGACUCCCACUAGUCACUCAGGGAGGCAUGUACAUCUUCCAGCUGAUGGACUUUUUCUCCGCAAGCGGCGUCUCCUUGCUUACUGUCGUGUUCUUCGAAAUCGUUGGCUUUGCUUGGAUAUAUGGUGCCAAGAGAAUCUACACCAACAUCAAGGACAUGGUUGGAUUCACUCCAAACAAGUACUUCUUUUUCUGUUGGCUGUUCGCUGCUCCUUGCAUGAUUGUAGGCAUGCUCGCCUUCUAUAUCGCCCGGCCGGAGCCCGUUACCUAUUCCGACCAUUACGUGUACCCCUGGUGGGGUGAGAUGAUGGGCUGGGGCAUGGCGAUGGUCUCCAUUAUUUGGAUUCCCGUCUAUGCCAUCUUUUUCCUAUGGAACAGUUCUGGAUCGAUGCUCGAGCGUAUCAAGAAAGGUGUCACGCCCCAGGUGGUGCCCAGAAAGGUCCAGGAAGGCACACCGACCUCGGACGAGAGCCUGACCCUCGACCCCCCAGCUAACUCUGCGCGUGUCCUCAUACAGUCUGAGAAGUCCUGAUUGGAGCACCCGUCUGACCCGGUAGCCACUCGCAGGAGGAAGUCCAAAGUAAUGUCACCUCAUUCCCAGUGCCAAACUACGAGGAGCAACAGGGCAAUCGUUUCACCCAGGGUGGAACAGCGCUUGCACCGUGGCCUGAUGUUUGCUACUGACACCCUCACUGCGCCCGUGGCUCGUCUCUGUCAGAUACGAAAUCGAGAUGUACGACAUUGAGCAUUUUAUGGCGCAGUGUGCGCUUUAGAGGUGCACCCGAAGUUAAUUUCAAUCCAAUGGUCACUGCUAUCUUAUCAAAUCUGAGGGCUCAAUUCCGACGACAUCAAAGUAACGCAUGGACGGACUAUAUUCAAUUCGAACGUCGAAAAUAUGAACAUAGAAGUUCUGCAUUUCAAAGAGCGCUUGUCACGGCGACUUUGUGCUCAAAAAGAAAAGAAAGUAUAACAAUGCUUUUAAUGAAGAGACUCCCCCUACUUGUGGCGUGAGUACAAUAUAUUUUUCUUUCACACAUCCCACAGAACGGCGGCAUUGUCAUUGCCAGGUUACUUUUGGCAUCUCAAGUCUAUCAGUAUCGCGUGGUCUACACUGAAAGGCCCAGAACUAUAGAUGCUAGGGUGGGUGAUGGUGACGUGAUCUCACAGUUUUCUCCAGCGCUCAGAAGUCAAAACCGCAUUAAUUGGUGGAGAGAAGGGUAAACUCUCGCACUUCCCUCCACCCAAGACUACUCACUUCUUUUCUAUUGGCUUGUAAAGGAAGAGGCGUUAAAGAGACGUCCUUUGUCUUCUCACGCUUGCUGCGUCGUCGAGCAUGCGUUAAAGGAGCACUGAAACGCCACAUAGGAUCGCUGGGGAUCCUGCUUAAAAUUGAGCGAGCCGCCGAUGAGGAGCGCAAAUAUGCC